ACACAAUGGUGGCACAAAACACAAUUCUUUUAGAAGACAGGCAAAUGGAAGUUAAUAGCAGCGGUAAGAAAAAUCCACGAGCAAGGAAACCUCUGAUGCUACGGCGUGGGCUGUGGUCGCCAGAUGAAGACGACCGAUUGAUCGAGUGCGUGCUCAAGCACGGCCACAGCCGAUGGAGUGACGUUCCAAAGCAUGCCGGUCUCAAGCGAUGCGGGAAGAGCUGCAGGCUGCGAUGGCUCAACUAUCUGAGACCGGAGCUCAACCACAGCGAUUUCUCGCCCCAGGAGGAGAAGUUCAUUGCGGAAAUGCAUGCAAUUGUGGGAAACAGAUGGUCCCAGAUUGCUGCAAAGCUCCCCGGUCGCACAGAUAACCAGAUCAAGAACUACUGGAACUCGAGCAUCAGAAAGAAGUUCAAGGCGCUUGGGAUUGAUCCCGUGACAGUCUCUCAGACCCAGCAGUCUAUAGACACAACUUCCUCAGGCUCUACAAGUGAAUUCGAAGCUCCAAGUGCCGCUACUGCCAGAUCCACUGAAGUCGCCUCUUGCAGCAGCUGCAGCAGCAGCAGAAAUUUUCCAGCUUCGCAGAGCCAGCAGCACGAGGAUCAAGAACCCAGAAGUCAUGGUCUGGAGGCCACGAACAUCCUCGACCCUUUCGAUUUCGCACAAAUUUUCGAGGAUUCCAGCAGCGGGAUGCUCCAGAGCAGCGAGUCGUGCAGAUCUUUCCUGGAGGAAGACUACUUAUUCUGGGGAGGAUUCUGCUCAACUUGAAGGCAAGAAAAACCAUUAUCUCCAUGCACAAACUCCUUUUUCUAAGCUCGCAUGCGCAUCACAUGAUCAAUGAUCAUUUCAGCACCUACAAUGCUAAAAGUUCACUGCUAGAACUACAAAACAAUUGAAAGAUUUAUCGCCA